AUGACUGUGGAAGUACAUGCCAAUAAGGAUCCUGAUACCGUGCGUAUCUUUAUCAUAAGACACGGUCAAACUGACCAUAAUGUUACCAAAGUCUUACAAGGACACUUAGAUAUCGAUCUUAAUGACCAUGGUAAGAAUCAAGCUGAUACAGUUGCCAAAUACUUAUCGUCGAUACCAUUUGAUUUCUUUGUCAGUUCUGACUUGCUUCGUUGUCAGAAUACUACUAAACCCAUUCUUUCGUAUCAUCCGGAUGUUCCUUUGAAAUUAACUGAAAAUUUACGGGAACGUAAUAUGGGAGUGGUUCAAGGUAUGUUAUUAAAGGAUGCCAUUGCACAAUACGGGGAAGAUUUCAGAAAUUUAGGAGAAAAAUUUCCCGACCUUAUUCAUCGGGUUGAAUUAGAAUGGGAUUCAUUAAUAAAAUCAAGUUUACACAAUAACUAUAAUAACGUGGGUAUUUGCACCCAUGGAGGGGUCAUUACUGGGUUUAUCAACUAUCUCUAUGGGGUUAAACGUUACGAUUUAUACAAAUAUUUGGAUCCGGAAUCUUUGAAAGUUCCCUUUAAUACUUCGGUCUCGGUCAUUGAUGUGAACAAACAUACCAAACAGGGUGUGAUACAACGAUUCGGGCUAACUUCUCAUUUAGGUGGACAAUUCGAAGUCAAAGAUCAAUUAUUAAGAUAACUACAGUGAAUUUUCAACCGUAUAGAAAUGAUUAUAUUAGAAAUUUAUAAAUAGCUAGAAUUAUAAUAGUGUAAUAGUGU